GCUGCCCGAGAACCAUGCUUGCUGCUGCCCUCCUGAGCCUGGCCCUGCUGAGCAGUGCCCACCCCUGCUCCACGGGCCCCCCGUAUGUGGCAGACAUUGUGUGCCAUAUCACCAAGCCUGCCUUCCUGGUGUUGAGCCAGGAGACGACCAAGGUGAUCCAUACAGCCUUCCGGUGGGCCAGCUACCCCGACAUCAAGGGCGAGAAGGCCAUGGUGCUGCUUGGCCAUGUCAAGUACGGUCUGCACAACAUCCAGAUCAGCCACCUGUCCAUUGCUGGAAGCCAGGUGGAGCUGGCGGAAGCCAAGUCCAUCGAUAUCUCCAUUCAAAAUGUGUCUGUGGUCUUCACAGGGACCCUGAACUAUGGCUACACAAGUGCCUGGGGGUUGAGCAUUGAUCGGUUUGUGGACUUCGAGAUCGAUUCUGCCAUUGAUCUCUAGAUCAACACUCAGCUGAUCUGUGACUCUGGCAGAGUGCGGACCGAUGCCCCUGACUGCCACCUAUCCUUCCACAAGCUGCUUCUGUAUCUCCACGGGGAGCAUGAGCCCAGGUGGAUCAAGCGGCUGUUCACAAACUUCAUUUCCUUCACCCUGAAGCUGGCCCUGAAGGGACAGAUCUGCAAAGAGAUCAAUGUCAUCUCCAACAUCAUGGCUGACUUUGUCCAGUCCAGGGCUACCAACAUCCUCUCCGAUGGAGAUGGGGUGGACAUCUCCCUGACUGGAUUGUCUGUCAUCACAGCCACCUAUCUGGAGUCCCAUCGCAAGGGUCAUUUCAUCUACAAAAGCAUCUCGGAGGACCUCGUCCUGCCUACCUUCUCACCCUCACUGCUGGGGGACUCCCGCAUGCUCUACUUCUGGUUCUCUGAGCAAGUCCUGGACUCCUUUGCCAAGGCCACCUUCCAGGAUGGCCACCUCAUGCUCAGCCUGAUGGGGGAGAAGUUCAAGGCAGCACUGGAGACCCAGGCCUUGAACAUCAAUCAGGAAACCUUUGCAGAGCUUUUCAGCAGCUUCCCUCCUAGCCAGACCCAAGUAACCGUCCAUUGCCUUACGAGGCCCAGGAUCUCCUGUCAAAACAAGGGCAUCAUUGUCAGUUCUGUGAUGGUCAAAUUCCUCUUCCCACACCCAGAUGGGCAACAUUCAGUGGCUCACACUUUUGAAGAGGAUAUCAUCACUACCAUCCAGGCUUCCUAUUCCCGGAAAAAGCUCUUCUUAAGCCUCCUGGAUUUCCAAAUUACACCAAAGACUGCUUCCAAUGAGGCUGAGAGCUGCUCCGAGGCUGUCCGGAGCUUCCUGCAGUCGCUGAUCACCACGGUGGGCAUCCCUGAGGUCAUGUCUCGGCUCCAGGUGGCACUCACAGCUCUCAUGAACAGCAAAGGCCUACACUUCUUUGACCUCAUCAACCCUGAGAUCAUCACUCAGGAUGGCUCUCUGCUGCUGCAGAUGGACUUUGGCUUCCCUGAGCAUCUGCUGGUGGAUUUCCUCCAGAGCUUGAGCUAGGAGCCCCAGAGGCUGGGAUGGAGCUCAAACUGCAAGGCACACGAGAACUCUGGCAUCUCCCUCCAUCCCAGUGGAGUCGGUGCAGUAGGGAGUAGAGACUGCCUCCCAAUUUUUCCCUGACCUAAAGGGCACUGACAUUAAAGUGCCGUAUCCAGGAACUGGAAGGUACAGUACUUCUGUGAAUGGGGGGACACGGGACAGGGCCAGGAAAGGACAGGUCUUGCCCACCCUGCCCUCUUACUGGGUGAAUCUGGCAAAUCCACCCUGGUGUCCACCCUUUUUCAGCCCUUCCGUGGCUGCUCCCAACCCCUGCAAGCUCCUCACAGCUGGAGGAGAAAUCCAAACUGCUCACCUCGGGAUUCAAGCUUCUGCCUGGCCGGCCCCUGAGUACCUUCCAAACUAUUUACAAUUUACCCCUCUCAGCCACACCCCUAUCCUUGCUACACCAGAGCUACCCGCUUUGCUGAACAGCCCCAACAAGCUACUUCUCUGGCAGGUGGCCCCUGCUUGAAGCCCUACAGCGCGCCCUCACCCUUCCAGGACUACAUCAAGGCGAGCUCGUCUGAGAAUCUGCCUAUCACCUA